GCCUCCCGUUGUCCGCAUGGCCCUGCUGCUCUUGGGGCUCCUGGUGCUCUUGGGCCUCUGGGGGCUGCUCCGGGCCUUUGCCCGCAGCCCCCCAGCCCUGCGAUGGCCCCCGGGGCCUCACCCACUGCCGCUCCUGGGGAACCUGCACUUGCUGCGUGUUUCGCAACAGGACCGGUCACUGAUGGAGCUCUCCGAGCACUAUGGGCCAGUGUUCACCGUCCACCUGGGCAGCCAGAAGACUGUGGUGCUGUCCGGCUACGAGGCCGUGAGAGAGGCCCUGGUGGGCACUGGGCAGGAGCUGGCGGACCGGCCUCCCAUCCCCAUCUUUCAGCUCAUCCAGCAAGGCGGGGGCAUCUUCUUCUCCUCUGGGGCGCGCUGGAGGGCUGCCCGCCAGUUCACAGUGCGUGUGCUGCACGGCCUGGGUGUGGGGCAGGGGCCCGUGGCUGACAAGGUGCUGCAGGAGCUGACCUAUCUCCUGGGACAACUGGACAGCUAUGGAGGCCGGCCUUUCCCUCUGGCCCUGCUGGGCUGGGCUCCCUCCAAUGUCACCUUCGCACUCCUCUUCGGUCAGCGGUUUGACUACCAGGACCCCGUGUUUGUGUCCCUGCUGGGUCUCAUUGAUGAGGUCAUGGUUCUCCUGGGGUCGCCCAGCCUGCAGCUGUUCAACAUCUACCCCUGGCUGGGGACCCUGCUCCAGCUGCACCGGCCUGUCCUGCGCAAGAUCGAGGAAGUGCGUGUCAUCCUGAGGACUCUCCUGCAGGCACGGGGUCCCCCCACGCCCUGGGGUGGCCCUGUGCAGAGCUACGUGGAUGCCCUGAUCCAGCAGGGCCAGGGGGAUGACCAUGAGGGCCUGUUUGCAGAGGACAACGCUGUGGCCUGUGUGCUGGACAUGGUCAUGGCUGGCACAGAGACCACCUCAGCCACACUGCAGUGGGCCAUUCUGCUGAUGGCCAAAUACCCAGGAGUGCAGGGCCGUGUGCAGGAGGAGCUGGGCCGCGUCCUGGGCCCUGGGAGGCUGCCCCGGCCCGAGGACCAGCGGGUGCUGCCCUACACCAACGCGGUGCUGCACGAGGUCCAGCGGUACAUCACGCUCCUGCCCCACGUGCCCCGCUGCACAGCAGCCGACACUCAGCUGGGUGGCUACCUGCUCCCCAAGGGCACACCUGUGAUUCCCUUGCUGACUUCGGUGCUCCUGGACAAGACACAGUGGGAGACCCCAGACCAGUUCAACCCAGGCCACUUCCUGGAUGCAGAUGGGCACUUUGUGAAGCGGGCCGCCUUCCUGCCCUUCUCUGCAGGCCGCCGAGUCUGUGUGGGGGAGAGCCUGGCUAGGGCCGAGCUCUUCCUGCUGUUUGCUGGCCUCCUCCAGCGGUACCGCCUGCUGCCUCCGCCUGGCAUCAGCCCCGCUGCCCUGGACACCACGCCUGCCCCAGCCUUCACCAUGCGGCCACGUGCCCAGACCCUGUGUGCGGUGCCCUGGCCCUAGCUGCUUCCACUAGGCAAACUCCCAGCGGCUGCCCCACCCGGGCCUCUGGUGUGAAUGGCAGGGGUGGGGAGCAGCGUUCCUGAGGAUGAGUGGCAGGCGGAUGGCCAGGCCACGCCUCCCGCAUCAGCACCUCUCCGACCACAGCCACCACAUGGCUUCUAUGCCAUGCCAUAGGCCUGUCUUCAGGGGGUGAGGCUACCCUGUCCAGAAUGGACUGCAAACGACCUCAUCUGAAUACCACAGGGUCAGAAAUGCCCCUCCGUAGCCAAAUGACCCUAUUUGCCGAUUCCAUCCCUCUGAGGCCCUGGGCUCCCUCCCAGGAUCCCACACCCAAAUGUGGAUCACUUCUCCACUCUGGCUCCCAGGGCAGCAGGGCACCCCUCUCCUGCACCCUGUUCUCCCUAACUCCCUACCUCCACUACGCCAGUCCCCUACCAGACCCUGUAGGGGGCCCAGGUCCUCGGACGAUGCCUCUUCUGCAGCCCUCCCGUGUGUCCUCCUGAUCUGUUCCCUCCCCAGGCCAGUGUCCACCAAGCAUGUACAGUUCUGGGGUACAGGGAGAUCACAGAUGGUGCCUGGGCUCAGGAGUGAUGUCUACCCAAAGAUUAGCCUCAGUCCAGGAGUCCUGCAACCUACCUCGUUCUUGGGGCACCUGGGGGUCAUGCCUGGAGGCCCUGCAUGUCACUAGGUGCUGCCUCCAGCCCCGCAGCCCCCACCAAGUCUAUACUCUGUAGGGGCCAGCUUACACGUGCCCUGAGAUGGGCACAUGGUCUGCCCCAAUGCCUGGGGUCCUGAAACAAAUUCUUCUUACCCUGAGCCUCAAUUUACUCACUGGUGAAAUGGGCCACCAUGACUGCAGGACUUUUGAGCUUUGAGGGAAAUGCAGGGUGGAGAUGCCAAGAGUCUAGGGGCCAACCCCAAACAGGGAGUGGGGAGGCUGCUGGGAAGGGGAGGCCUCUGAUCCAGGAGGGUCACUCUGCUGAUCUCCCCCAGGGCUGGGCAAAAGGCAGCACACGGGGGAACAGAGGCCCCGGGCCAGCCCUUCAGCACUGCUGGAUUCUGGGGGGCUGUCUGCUGUCGCCCAUGCUGAGCCCUGGGGCCAUGCUGCUCACCUGCCCCAGGAGGUUGGGAACAGGGCGAGUGGGCUUUGAAGCAGGGAGGAAUCCCUGGCCUUCGGGACAAGAUGCCACGUGGGUGAGUCUAGACGAUUCUAACCUUCAUCACUACCCAGUCUGAAGCUUCUUUACUGAAUCGUCUGAGUCCUCCAAAGCUGAGGAGGGUAUAAAGGGUUACAAGUUCCCUGCGGACAGAUAUGGAGACCGAGGCUGGGUGCAACUUGCGCUCAGCUGGGAGGCAGGAGGUGGUGACCAGGCAUAGUGCCUGUGCUCAGGAGCGGCUGAAAGGCUUGUGCCGCCAGAAGGGCGUUGGGGGCAGGACCGUGGCCAGCACCAGCAUGGAGCAAGGCGACAGAAGCCCAGCCUGCUGCAUCAGAGAUCAGAGUGGGACAGUUGGGAGAAGAAAAUAAAAACAGCAGGCAGAUGCUCCAGAGGAGCCCAAGAACAGACCCAGGACGGCCUCCACGUCUCGCACGGUUAUGGGAGUGGGUACCCCAGAUUUAUCUGGAAGGACAGGAUUGUCUUGGGGAUGCAGAAGGCAGGAGGCACUGUCAGGUGGAGCUGAGGAGCUGAAUACCCAGUUUUCAUGGGAGGCCCACGGAACCAUGCUUCUCAGAGAUCCUUCAAGAUACAGUGGACAGCCGGGCACAGUGGUGCAAGCCUGUAAUUCCAGCAGCUCGGGAGGCUGAGGCGGGAGGCUUAGGCAGGAGGAUCUCGAGUUCCAAACCAGCCUCAGCAACAGCAAGGUGCUAAG